CGCGGGUGCAGCCCCGGCGAGCGCGGCGGCGGGCGCGGGAAGAUGGCGGCGGCGGCUGCGGCGGCAGCGGCUGAGCAGCAAAGUUCCAAUGGACCUGUAAAGAAGUCCAUGCGUGAGAAGGCUGUUGAGAGAAGGAAUGUCAAUAAAGAGCACAAUAGUAACUUCAAAGCCGGAUAUAUUCCGAUUGAUGAAGAGCGCCUCCAUAAAACGGGGCUGAGGGGGAGAAAAGGCAACUUAGCCAUCUGUGUGAUUAUCCUCUUGUUCAUCCUGGCGGUUAUCAAUUUAAUUAUAACGCUUGUUAUCUGGGCUGUGAUUCGCAUUGGACCAAAUGGCUGUGACAGCAUGGAGUUUCAUGAAACUGGUCUACUUCGCUUUAAACAAGUAUCUGACAUGGGAGUUAUACGUCCUCUUUAUAAGAGCACAGUAGGAGGAAGGCGAAAUGAGAAUUUGGUCAUCACUGGCAAUAACCAGCCUAUUGUUUUUCAGCAAGGGACAACAAAGCUCAGUGUAGAAAAGAACAAAACUUCUAUUACAAGUGACAUUGGUAUGCAGUUUUUCGACCCAAGGACUCAAAAUAUCUUAUUCAGCACAGACUAUGAAACUCAUGAGUUUCAUUUGCCGAGUGGAGUGAAGAGUUUGAAUGUUCAAAAAGCAUCUACUGAAAGGAUUACCAGCAAUGCUACUAGUGAUUUAAAUAUAAAAGUUGAUGGACGUGCUAUUGUGCGUGGAAACGAAGGAGUAUUCAUUAUGGGAAAAACCAUUGAAUUUCACAUGGCUGGUAACAUGGAAUUAAAGGCAGAAAACAGCAUCAUCCUAAAUGGAACUGUGAUGGUUAACACAACUCGCCUCCCCAGUUCCUCCAGUGGAGACCAGUUUGGUUCUGGCGACUGGGUGCGCUACAAGCUCUGUGUGUGUGCUGAUGGAACUCUCUUCAAAGUACCAGUAACAGGCCAGAACAUGGGCUGCCAGAUCUCAGACAACCCCUGUGGAAACACUCAUUAGAAGAACCCGAGAGGUUAUCAAUGUGUUCCUAUCUUGACUUGACUUUUUUUUUAAAGGAUAUGCAUGCAAAUCAUAUUUUUACAGAGUUUGUGAUAACUUAUAAUUAUUUUAUCUGCAGAGCACUGCUGUGUCUGUUAUAUAAUCUCCAUAUUUAAAAUAUUCUCAGAGAUCCUAAAUUCUAAUACAUUUCAUUAAGUUGCACUGAGCUUCAAAUUAUAGUCUCUAAAAUAAUUAUCAGAAGUGAAUAAAAUCAAAAUUAAUAUUUAAAGAAGUGGUUUUUUAAAUUCCUCUAUUCCUUGUCUAAAGGAUGGAGGGCUGAAGCAACUGUUCAGACUCACUAUAAGCAAGUUUUUGGUAACUAAUGGGGAUAGACCCACUGAAGAUUUUUAAAAGGUACACUGUUAGUAAAUGUUACAUGCUCUGUCUCCUGGUUUCUGAGAGGAAAGACAGAUUUUUAUAUAUAUAUAUAUAUAUAAUAUUGCUUUCCUUUUUUUUUUUUUUUGGCUGAGAAAGAUUUGCCCUGAGCUAACAUCUGUUGCUAAUCUUCCUCUCUUUUUUUCCCCCCUGCCAAAGCCCCAGUACAUAGUUGUAUAUUCUAGUUCUAAGUGCUUCUAAUUCUUCUAUGUGAGCCACCUCCAUAGUAUGGCUCCUGAUAGACAGGUGGUGUGGUUUACCUGGGAAGCAGGCCCAGGCUCCCGAAGAGGAAUGCACCAAACUUUAACUGCUAGGCCAUCGAUGCUGGCUCAGGAAAGAUAGAUUUUUAGUGUGUUAACUUUCAGCCCAAUUCUCACACACAAGUGAAAUCAUUAAAGACUUCACGUAUGUGAGAUAGUAAGAAACUAUGGUUCCUUAGGUUUGCACUAGGAGGAAAACACUCUGUAACAGGAUGUUUACUCGUUAAAUAUUGAUAAAUAUUAAGUGUUCACAAUGUGGUAGAAAUUAAAACACCAUCUCAGCUUUAACUUCUAAAUAAUGAUGCUAGCUGUCAUUUAUUGAGCAUCUUAUACAUCCGAGGCAUUGUCCUAGGCAUUACAUGUGUGAUGUCUCUAAUUCUCACCACAACUCUGUAAGUAGGUCUUAUUAUCCCAGUUUUACCUGUUAGGAAACUGAGGAUCAGAGAAGUUAAGAAAUUUGCCUAAUGUCACACAGGAAAAGCAGGGUUGGGAUUGGAAUUCAGGUGUGGUUCAAACCUAUAUGUACCUGCUUGCAAAUACCAUGUUCUUUUCACUAUCUGCACUGAAGUUUUAAUUAUAUGAAACUCUAGAAAGAUGAAGAAAGACUAAUUCAAACUUGCCUAAGCAAAUAAGAAUCAAACAAAACAGGUAUGCUUAGUCUAGUUAAAAAAUAAUACUAAAUCAAUCUCAUGUCAAAAAAAUAUGACCAAUCACUGUCAGAUUUUAAACUAUCUUAAGCCAAUUCCAACAUAUGGUACUAUUGAGAGAUCAAAUUACCCUAGUUGUGGGUUACCCUGGUUUCCCAACAGGUGGGCUUUGGCACCUUGGAGUACCUGGCUGGGUGAAAGGGUUGCCAAGAUAUACUCUCAGUCUUCAGGGCAACACAGUGGGAAGUGGGGAGGCCAUGGCCCCAGGUAAGUCCUGCUGGCCAGGAAUGGCCUGGUGGGUUCCCCCCAGUGUGCCAUGCAAAUAUUACCCUUUCUGAUGUGUGCCAUACCUUGAAAAAAGUUGGGAAGCACUGGACUAAAGGGUGCUAAUGCAGGAAAUAAUACAAGUAAUGUUUAAGUAUGAGAAUUGAUCUCUGCUGCUAAUAUCACUAUCCCAUUGUAAUGAUUUACGACCCUCAAGCCAGUUGAUUUUUAAUGUAUUUUAUAUUUGACUUGAAAGGAACUCUCUGGUAUCAUUAAGACACACACAUCAGGGACAGAGACUUCAAAGUACCUUGCUGUAAAGUAGGCAGUAGAGAUAAAUCAUAGGCCCCACUCUGCAUCCAAGUGUAUCGUGUUCUGUCAUGGUCACUUUGAACUGUGUAGAUGAGAAAAUCAGUACAAGACAAAUUUGUAUUCAAUAUUGUCACAGUUCUCCCUGACAUAAAAACCAAAUGCUUGGACAUUAGGAAUAGUCAUUAAAGUAUACCAAAAUAGAUUGACUUACUAUAUAAUACUGAGUACAGUUUUUAAAUGAAGGAAAAAAAAGUGAAAUGUAUGACCUCUGAGUGUUAUUAGUUGUAGUGAUAUCAGAAUCUAUUUGAAUAUAUUCAGUAUUAUUUAAUAUCUGAAUGAUAUUCAGAAAAAAUCUGUUGGAAUUUUCAUUCAGAUACUGAGUAUAUUUUUAAAUUUUGUAUUCAUUACUUGUUUGUCCUAUUUAGAUUUGUUUUGAAGGUUUCUUUGAUAUGUAUUUUUACAAAAACCACAGAACACUAUGUUCAAAGUAUUAUUUAUUGAAUGUAAUUCAUGAAAUAAUCUAUUUUUACUCCUCUUUGAGAAAUAUUUGUUUUUGAUACAUUUCCAUUAAGUGCUUUUGACAUGAGAGGCUAUUUUGAUGUUUUUAUAGAACUGAUCAUUAAGGUAACAGGUACAGGAUUUUAGGACAGUUUACAGGCAGCCCUGGCCUUUUCACUGACUUGUAGACCUGGAAAGCAGAACAAGAACAAACAGUCCAUUUUACCUGUGACCUAUUUUACAUAACAGUAAAGCAUCAGCUACUCAUUCUCACCACCAGAUGGUGUUUUUCUACAAACUGAAAUGUUAACUUUGCCUCUUUCUGCUGGUUAUUUCUCCUGUGUGUUGAGCACUGAUAUGACAAGCAGCAGACUUUGGGGAGGUAGAUGACAGACAGGAUCCCAGGAGAGUAGGGCGGAUAUGUGCUUGUUUAAAUAACUGCAAUACCUUAGAGGUGAAUUGCAGUGACAGGGGACAGAUUAAAUGAAAACAGGAUAUUUUAGAAAUGAGCAGAUAGGAAAAAUGCCAAACACCACAAAGUGAGGACUGCCUAUAUAUGGUCUGCAGUAUUUAAAAAUAUACUUAUUUGUAUUAUUUUGUGUUAUGAAAAAAUAAAUUUUGUGUGAUAGUUUUGAUGAUGAAAGGUGGAAGUUCUACCUAGUUUUGAAUGCGUUUUUUUUAAGAGGGUGAGAAUGUUAUGGUGCUAAACUUGACAAAAAAGAGACCGUUAAAAUGUUGAUAAUUUUAGUAAUCUUUUUUAAAGUGUUGAGGGGGCAAAGAUUGCAAAUUAUGCCAUGCAAAAAUAAACCUGUAAAUCUGUUUCAGGUUACUAAUUUGAGUUUUGGUUAAUUCAGUUUGUAAUACCUAUUAAUGAACUCUGUUUACAAUAAAGAUUCUCUAAAUUG